UUCGCUUCUUACCCUUCUUUGACCAACUCACGUCAAUCGACACUUGCUACACUUACUCUAAUCAACAACUCCCCCACACUUAAUUCACCAUGAAGGCUCUCAUUCUUGUCGGCGGUUUCGGCACCCGUCUGCGUCCUCUUACCCUCACUCUCCCCAAACCGCUGGUCGAGUUUGCCAACAAGCCCAUGAUUGAGCACCAGGUCGCUGCUCUUGCUGCUGCCGGUGUCACCAACAUUGUCCUCGCUGUCAACUACCGCCCUGAGAUCAUGACCGCUGCCCUCGCAAAGUACGAGCAACAAUACAAUGUCAAGAUCGACUUCUCAGUCGAGACCGAACCUCUCGGCACCGCCGGACCUCUGAAGCUCGCCGAGAAGAUUCUCGGUAAGGACGACACUCCCUUCUUCGUGCUGAACUCAGACGUCAUCUGCGACUACCCCUUCAAGCAAUUGGCCGACUUCCACAAGGCCCACGGUGAUGAGGGUACCAUCAUUGUUACAAAGGUCGAGGAGCCUUCCAAGUACGGUGUCGUUGUCCACAAGCCCAACCAUGCCUCGCGCAUCGACCGUUUCGUUGAGAAGCCCAUCGAGUUCGUCGGCAACCGUAUCAACGCCGGUAUCUACAUCUUGAACCCCAGUGUUCUCAAGCGCAUCGAGCUCCGCCCCACAUCCAUCGAGCAAGAGACUUUCCCCUCAAUGACCAAGGACGGUCAAUUGCACUCCUUCGAUCUCGAGGGCUUCUGGAUGGAUGUUGGUCAGCCCAAGGACUUCCUCUCAGGAACUUGCCUGUACCUCUCGUCCCUCACCAAGAAGGGCAGCAAGGAGCUCACCUCGACCUCCGAGUCAUACAUCCACGGCGGUAACGUCAUGAUUGAUCCCUCAGCAAAGAUUGGAAACAACUGCAAGAUUGGUCCCAACGUUGUCAUUGGCCCCAACUGUGUGAUCGGUGAUGGUGUCAGACUGCAACGCUGUGUGCUACUUUCAAACUCCAAGAUCAAGGAGCACGCCUGGGUCAAGAGCACAAUCGUCGGCUGGAACAGCGUCGUCGGUCGCUGGGCUCGUCUUGAGAACAUUUGCGUUCUCGGUGACGAUGUGACAGUCGGCGAUGAGAUCUACGUCAACGGUGGAAGUGUCCUCCCUCACAAGACCAUCAAGGCCAACGUCGACACCCCUUCAAUCAUCAUGUAAAGACGUCGUUUGCUUUAUACCAAGUACGGAGUUUGGGAAAUAUGUGACUUUUUCAUUGAUGAGAAAAGAGAAAAAAGCGCGAUUGCAUACGAAGAGACAGAAAACUAUCUUCACUAUUGGGCAGGGCACAUCGGUCACAGGGAGGCGAACAAAUGUGGUGUAUCUUUUUCCGGACUCCACGAAAUGGCGUUGUUGUUGUUCGUAUCUUGGUUUUCUUUUUUUCCAACAUGGAGAGGUCAGAGGUCCAUUUAUCGAAUCUGUCUUCUAUUCGGAUUGGACUCUCUGCAGCCUUUUGUUUCUUUUCUGCCUAUAUCGAAAUGUACAUUUGCUUCUCCUUGAUUUGUUGUGCUCUUGGUUUGUUGUGCUCGAUGCUUCAGUUCUGUUCAAGGGUCCACUCCCGACCACCAAGGUCGUGGGCACCGUGCAUCGACUAAUCUUGGCAGGGGGGGUUCGUAUUCUGUGCC